AUGCGUUCGGAGGAUGAUCCGGAAGACGCGAGAGAGCCCAUGGACAGAACGCGAUGGUGGGAACUGAGCUUUUCUAUCAGGGGCUUCGAGAAUGUGACAAAGGGCAAAGUUUUCACCGCCGACAACCCCAUACUGAUGUACGAGAGGAAGACUUUCGCCUUGUCCUACAAGGAGUUGGACAAGCAUGUGGUCAAGGUGGACAUGUGGAGGGUCUCUUGUUGGACCUUCAAUGAGUACUUCGGUCUUAAGAAGCAGAAGCUGUCUCUGAUCGCAAAUCGUGAUCCCAACAUGGAACUCCGCAUCUUGAGGAAGCUCUCUCGGAAGCAGAUGGCUGAUAAAAAGAAGGCAAAGUCUGUGGCUGACGUGGCGCUGUACAGAUGUACUGUAAACCUUGAAGAGAUCUUCGACUUCGACUUGUUCUGUGAGAACUGGACUUUGGAGUUGAGCCGGGCAAGUCCCGAGUACAAGAAGAUGAAGGAAGAACGAAAGCGCCUGACCUUCACCAUGCCGCGGGAUCGGCGAACGUUGCCGGGGCAGCGGCGAUAUCUUGGGAGGGGAGCUGCUUCUCAAACAGUGGAAUGGAACCAGCAAGAUGGCCGCUUCUUCUGGCCAAACUGCGGGAAGUUUGUUUUUCGAGGUACUCGCACUCACCUGCAGAACUCUUACUUCAUCGUUUCUGUCCUUACUGGCAAGCCACCAGCCUUCCUUGCGGACAAUGCGACUGUACAAAAACUAGAAAAGCAUGCGCCUGCACAACCACACCGUGUCCUCGGCCGCUGUCUUCUAAACUUGACCUCAGUUCUUGACAUGUCUGUGUUUCAAGGGAAGGUCAAGAGGUUCAUUUCGGAUCAUGAUCGGUACAUUGUUGGCGACAUCAAUGGCAAUGUGAAGUGUAUUCUGCGGUCGAAAGGUAUGAAGGAGCCUGAACUGGAUUUCCGCACCAAUCGUCCAGAGCAGCUUAAGACUGCCACCACUGUGUCACACCUGAAUCGAUAUGAACGCUAUUUGGUUGUACGCAUCAAGAAAUGUGAAGCGCUGCCAGUGGCGGACUUUGACACAAGCAGUUCGGACCCAUACUUGCGGUGCACGUGGGACAACAUGGUCAUGCUCUCCCCGGUGGUCAAACAAUCUUUGAGACCUGUUUUCAACCAGAGCUUCUACUUCCCGGUGCGUGUAGUGUUUCCAGAAAUGCGGAUGGGGUCCAAGGCAGAAAAGAAGUACCAAGACACAAUCCUGAAAUACGAGCUGACGAGCAAAGGCUUCGUGCAAAUACAGGUUUGGGACGACGACGUGACGUCUGCAGAUUGCCUAGGUGGAUGCCAGGUCACCUUAGGUGACAUUCUGAAUGUGAGGGCGACCCAAAAGCGCACGUUACUUGGCCCACUAAAAACAGAGAAGAGGGACGAUGAGGAGGAGGAAAACGAGCUAGAGGAGAAACAGGAAAGGCACAACCAGUGGUACGAGGAGCCCCGGUCCGUGCGCGUCUAUGAUGGGAGUAAGACUGCAUUAGGGCAAUCGGCGUUGGCCAAUAAGGAUGCUGCUUUGAUUCACUUCGAGGCUUACUUUUACCCAGACUGGGCGGAAACUCUCCGAUUCGAGGAUGAAGUGCAGGAAGCUGAUGCAGAGUCCGUGUGGGCAAAGAAAGAGGAAGACUGGACCAACAAGAACAGGCAAAAGUCCGAAGACUAUGCAUUGCCGUUCCCAGAUUCAAUUGGCGCCAAGAAGCCCAAAGAGGAGAAUAUGAUGCAAACUGCCGACUCAUUGCGACGCUUUCCGUGCAUCAGCCUCCAUCCGUUGACCCGAGUGGAGACACCACUUAUGGCCUUUGUUUCGCCGAUCAUCGUGCCGGAGGAGUGGACUUUCCCUGCAAAGAUGCUCGAGUGGGUCCACUGCUUAUCCUUUGAAAUCACACAGCGCCAGGCACGCACUGGCUUGAUUCCUUAUGAUGGCUGGAAGGACCCUGAGUAUGUCCUGGCACGGCGGAAGGGAGCGCCGCAGGAUCAUUCUAUCUUGCUUUGCUCCCUCCUGCUUGGCUGCAAAGAGGAUGCUUAUGUGGUCAAGGGUACUGUCUACUCCAAAGACCCUGUCCAAACGAUUGACAAAGCAGACCAGCUCAUUGAGCAUACGUGGGUGAUGACGCGGCACAAAGGUUGGGUCACCUUUUGGGAGCCGUGCAGCCGGCAGAUCUUCCACCUUCCAAAUCGCUACGACCCCAAGAAGGCCAAAAGAAGGAAAACCGAGACGGUGGCAAAGGCAGAGGAGAACGAGGAAGAAGAAGAGGACGACGAGCAAGACGAAGAUGCACAUCUGGGAACGCAGCAGUGGGAAGGGGAGGCUGAAGAUUCACGAGUUCAUCUGGAAGAUAUGGAGAGCCUUCCGACCGUAGGACGUAUGCCCAAACCUAAAAUGCGGUCAGAAAAGGGCAAGAAGAAGGAUGAGGAGCCAGGUCGAGAAAGGUUGAAGCGAGAGCUCAUCGAGCAGCGUGAGGGCCUUCCGAUUGCUCCGAAAAGGAAGAUGCUGCAGGAGGAUGCCUUGGUGACAUGGCUGCCAUAUGAUUCGAUAGAGGUGGUUUUUAACGACAAGAAUGCGUGGGCAAAUCGUCAAAACCAUCAUCCAGCUUGCAUUUCGUAUGACUUUGAUGACACGGACGCGGAUAGUCCUCCUUGGGAGUGUUUCCUCAACGAUGAAGAUGAGAAGACUUUGCACUUUCAGCCAAUUUGCCCCAAUGUCUCUGUGCAGCCGGAACUCCGCCCAUCCAUUAUUGACGAACUGCAGGAUGACUUGCGUACAGAGAUGAUGCAGAACCUACAGUUGUACAGGGGCAAAAAGGGCAUGGACACCAUGUUCGACCACAACGAGGAGUUGAUGCAGCAGCUUCGAAUUUUCCUAGAGAUUCACGAGCUGUGGAGACAGAUUGACCCGGACAGUCCCAUCGCUGCCAGGGCGCUCGAUGCAUUGCGCGAGAUUCCGAACGAUAUGCCCCGGGAGCAGAUGACUGACCAGCAGAAGUUUUACAACUUUGUCGGUCGGAUUCUGAACCUCCGAAUCUGGAAUCGCCAUGGUUCUCCUUUCUUUGACAGCGGCUACAAGGACUAUGUCAAAGAGCAGGAGCGCCUAUGGAAGUCACUCGAGCGUUUGUGCCAGGAUUUCCAAAAAAAAGAGGACAGCUUUCCCAUAAAGCGUGGGAAGAAGUUCCGUGGGCUCCCAGUGCAUUUCUGCACGUCCGACCAAGAGAGCAUCCGACAGUACCUCAUGGAGAUCAAUGAGUACAAACAAAUCAUUGACACUGACGAGGAGGAUGUCUACUAUACGAUUGAAUGCAGAAUUAUUGGCCGCUUGGGUGGGGUCCUGUCAGUCUGGCUCUACGUCGGCAUUCAGGACUCUUAG